GAGUGUGCUCGAGUUUGUCAGCGAAAUGUCCACAAGACCUGCGAGUACAAUUUCACCGUCGAGUGGUAUCUUACGCUAUCCAAGGCUUGCUACGACUGUCCAUUCAACUUGACGGACUGCCACCGCCCCCAUUGUAUAGCCGCUGAUGGACAUAUGCGAGCUGUCAUUGCGGUCAAUAGACAGAUACCAGGGCCAAUGAUAGAGGUUUGUGAGGGUGAUACCUUGGUGGUGAAUGUAAAGAAUGAACUUGAGGACGGUGAAAGUACAGUGAUACAUUGGCACGGUAUCCACCAGAUGGGGACACCGUACAUGGACGGAGUCAGUAUGAUAACACAGUGCCCCAUUCCACAGUUCACAACUUUCAGGUACACGUUUAAAGCCAGCCCAGCUGGGACCCAUUUCUACCAUUCUCACGUCGGCUCGCAGAUCGCGGACGGCCUGUAUGGUGCGUUAAUAGUUCGCAAACCACCGGAAGAUGAACCACAUAGGACCCUGUACGACGAGGAUCUCCCUAGUCACGUGAUUCAGCUGGCAGACUGGUUUCCAGAGCCAUCAAAUGCACGUUUUGUCCAUUUGAUGCAUCACAAGUUUGAUGUCUUUCUUCCACUUUCGUUAAUGUUAAACGGGAAGUCUGAUAACUACGAAGUGAAACUGAGUUCCAAUCCUAACAUCACGGCAAGACCCCCUCUAGAAGUCUUUCACGUGACCCAGGGUAAUCGAUACCGCUUUCGCUUCAUCAACGCUGGUCACAUGUCAUGCAAUUUUAAAGUGUCGGUUGACGCCCACAACUUGACUGUCAUUGCUGCCGAUGGUGUUGCUGUGAAGCCCUUGGAGAUCGAUGUAUUUGGAAUAACACCAGGUGAAAGAUUUGACGUCGUCUUGCAUGCCAAUCAGUCAGUUGGAAAUUACUGGUUGAAAGCGGUAGGCUUGGUAGAUUGUGGUUUCUUAGGGCAUGUGGCCCUAGGAGUGAUAAGAUACGAUGGCGCGGCUGACGAAUACCCCACGGAAGACAGGAAGGCAAACAGACUCGGAAAGUAUUUGAAUCCAACCAAAAGUGAGCCUGAUAACCCAAUUGCAAUUAACGGACCGGACUUUGAUAUUCUCGUUGACGAGUUGGAAAAUUUUGAGAACGAUAAUUUCACCGAUGAGAAGGUAGAUGUCAAAUACUAUCUUGGUAUGGACUUUCUGAACAAUGACAACACAAAGUUUAACCAUUUUGUCUACUACCCCGUGAAGGAGCUCACUCCAGCCAAGGCACAUUACACACCAGCUUUAGACAAUAUAACGUUUGCGUUCCCUCCUGUGCCCCUCAUGACACAACCAGAUGACAUUGAUGCCGCCUGGUUUUGUAACCACUCCACAGUUAACACCACCAACUGCGGUGACGAUUUCUGCCAGUGCACACAUAUGGUGGAAUUCAAGCUUAAUCAGGUCGUGGAAAUGUUCCUCAUCAACGAGGGUAGACGGCUCCCAGUUGAGCAUGUGCUUCAUCUGCACGGUGCACAUUUUCGUGUGCUUGGCGUUGGAAAGCUCGGGAGUUCUACUUCGGUUGAAGAAAUAAAGAGACUGCACGAGGAGGGCAAUCUAAGAUAUAAACUUAUAAGUCCUAGCUACCGUGACACAGUAAACGUGCCUGACGGAGGAUAUGCCAUCAUACGGUUUAGAACCGACAAUCCAGGCAAGGGUUGA